AUGGAUUCCGAACAACCAUAUAAAGAUUAUCUUUUGUUGAAACCAAAGGAGGCAAGUGUUUUAGAACUAGGUUGUUUCUUGUGUUCAUCAAACACAAGAAAUAGAAGAUUCAUUGAUUGCUCCGAAGGACUUGAAGUUAGAGAGUUUGGACAAAGAUGGCUUCUUUUCAUUUCUGUUGUUGCACAAAAGGUUCUUGAUGCCUCGGAACCCUUGUUGAAAAUGGUAGGAGACAUGUUGGAGUUGUGGCUCAAUCGUAUAGCAAGUAAUGGAGGAUUCAUUGGGCUCUUCUUCAACAUUCUUAGAGGAGAGAUGAUAACGCUGGAAAAGUCGUCACCGGAGUUCUUAUCGGUGGUGGGACACCUUGACCCCAGAGUUGAUUUAGACAAAAAUAUUCAUCAAAAUGAUUUAAAGUACAAAGGAUUACUAUGUAUCAUGGCUUCAAAAUUUGCUUAUGAGAAUGAACAAUUUAUUAGCACCAUGGUUACAAAUCAUUGGGGUAUGGAACUUUUGGGUCAAUACAACUUUUGGAACGAUUACCAAAAGCACGAGUCCACAAAAGCAAUGAUAAUUAGAGAUACAAAAUCUGAACCCAACUUGAUUCUGGUUGCAUUUAGAGGUACAGUUCCAUUUGAUGCUGAGCAAUGGAGAACAGACAUAGAUAUCUCAUGGUUUGACAUACCCAACGUGGGCAAGAUACAUGGUGGGUUCAUGAAAGCAUUGGGCCUUAUAAAGAACCGUGGAUGGCCCAAAGAAAUAGAUGAAAGAGACGCACAUCGUUAUGCUUACUACACGAUUAGAGAGGAGCUUAGAGCAAUAUUGAGAGAAAAUGAAGAUGCAAAAUUCAUAUUGACAGGGCAUAGUUUGGGAGGAGCAUUGGCUAUUUUGUUUAUUGCUGUGCUUAUAAUCCAUGAGGAAGAAUGGUUGUUAGAAAAGUUAGAAGGUGUUUAUACAUUUGGGCAACCAAGAGUAGGAGACCAGAAGUUUGGGGAGUUUAUGAAAAGCAAGAUGAAAAUAUAUGAUGUCAAGUGUUUUAGAUAUGUUUACUGUAAUGAUUUGGUUCCUAGGGUCCCUUAUGAUGAUCAAUCCCUCUUCUUUAAGCACUUCAGUCCUUGCCUCUAUUACAAUAGCUUGUACCAAGGGAAGAUUCUAGAGGAGGAACCAAAUAAGAAUUAUUACUCUCUGUUAUGGGUGAUACCCAAGAUGUUGAAUGCAGGUUGGGAGGUGAUUAGAGGUUUCCUACUACCUUUUGUUGUAGGUAAAGACUAUAAACAGAAUUGGUUCAUGGUGAUGUUCAGGCUUGUUGGAUUGGCAUUCCCAGGAGUACCAGCUCAUUUCCCUACUGAUUAUGUCACUGCUAUCCGUUUGGGAUCGUUCAACGAACAUCUAGAGCUUCAAGAUUUCAAAGAUGACUAA